GCGAACAAGACGCCUCUGGUGGUAGCGACUCGUCGUACAUUCGUGGCAAUCGUGUUCCCUUCGACGUUGUUUGUGCGAACCGUAACGUGUGUGUCAACAACGGGCAACAACAAUUUUGAACCUUAUCUUGAAACUUAAAGCGACUACGACGAAGACGACAACGGCGGUACAAAAGUACCUGACUCCUCGUCAGUGCAUUGUGCGGAUUCGAUAGUGUGCACAAGGUACGAUAAAGAGCGUCCAUAUUUGCAAUUGUUUAACGUCGAGCCGUUCGUGCAACGUUUGCCAGUGGCAAAACUAGAUGAUGUCGAUGGUUGGCUGUCGUGCGGAACCCGGUUUGGAUUUGCUGUGCGAAGACAAACGCGAGAAGGUGGUAUCGUGCACCGUAAUUUCAGGCGGUGUUACUGAUUGUCUAUAAAACUUGUAUGCGAAUCGGAGUGCUGCAGUGCUGUGUGAAUGGACAGGAAUCGAAUCGAAACAGAGCAGUUACUAACGUUCUAAGCAGUCGGCGCAUAUCCUGUGGCGACAGUUUGUCGAUGAACCAUUACAGUGGGGUGCAUGUUUAGAGUGGUACCUGUUCUCUACGAAAGCUUAUUGUAGGAUCUACAGCUGCUCAACCGAGCCAUAAAUCGUACAGGAUAUUAUACCAAGCAAGGAUGCGACGACAAAUUACCAAUAGCAAUCCACUGUGCUGGUGCUAAACAACGUGAUUGGAGCGAACGAACUAGACUGCAUCGGUAACCGGGAAGACCCGUUGUGCGGUGUGCGAUUGCGUACCGUGCUAUUGUUAUUAUUGCAAGCCACCCUUUAAUGACUGAAAACAACUGCUUCGACUACACUGGCCCAAUCCGGUGUCCGCGAUUGGAGGCUCAAAUAAUCGACUGGCUUCCCCCAACGCUCGCCUGUGUGCCGUGAAUUAUUAGGAUUAUUUUAUGUUGUGUUUGUGGUUUUUUUUCGCCUUUACGUCCAUGCGUUACAUUGAGUUCCCAACCGAUUGGUCUGUAACAAACACCACCACCACCAGCUCCAUCACCCGUUAAGCUGCCAUUGUUCGGUCAUUAUCGUGUUGCACUUGCAUCAUAGUCCAAGCCUAUUAAAAACCAACAACAGAAUACGUUCACUCCCAUCAGAAACAGGCAUUUAAAAUUGUUUUUCUGUACGGCCGAUAGAAGGGUAGGAAAAGGGCUACAAGAACACGCACACACAGUAGUGUAACUGGCUGCGAAAACAGUGAGAAUUGUUUCCAUAGACAAUAUAUGCAGCCAUCGCCCAUUGUGCAUUGGAAAUAAGAGUAUUGCAACAAAUUGUGACUCAUAACGACGAAGGACACAGUGCAGGUCCAAAGUGCGCCAAUGGAGGAGGCAAGUUUCAUGCUGACGGAAAUACCGGGCGGUUUCAUAUCGCAUCGACCGCACACAAUCGGCGGAGGUCCCCACCACCGUUUUGCACCCUACCCGGUGGUGCUGCACCAGCCGCACCUGCAACAGACCUCCGCAACGCCAGCGAUUUACUCCAUUCCAGCACACCAUCUGUCGCACCAUGUUCACCCGCAUCACGCGCACGCCGGUCACCACGGAGCGCACCAUGCGCACGCGGUACGCUCGGCUAACCGGCCCAAAAGUCCGGCCACACCGCCAACUCAGCCCGUCGAGGAGGGAACCACCAUUGGCCACCUGUAUCCGGAAAUAUUGGCGAUAAUCUUCGCCAAGCUCAGCGUGAGGGAUCGUGGACGUGCGGCGCAGGUUUGCACUGUGUGGCGUGACGCAGCGUAUGCCAAGAGCUGCUGGCGAGGGGUCGAAGCUAGUCUGCACCUGCGACGACCAUCACCAACCCUCUUCGGCUCGUUGGUUAAGCGAGGCAUCAAACACGUGCAGGUUCUAUCGGUACGGCGUGCUCUGAAGGACAUCGUUACUGGCGUGCCGAACCUGGAGUCGCUGAAUCUGAGCGGAUGCUACAACAUUACGGAUGUGGCCAUUGGGCACGCGUUUGCCGUCGAUCUGCCCAACCUUCGAGAGCUGAAUCUUUCCCUCUGCAAGCAGGUGACGGAUUCUAGCCUGGGCCGAAUAACGCAGCACCUGAAGAACAUUGAGGUGCUGGAACUCGGCGGCUGCAGUAACAUCACUAAUACGGGCCUGCUGCUUAUCUCCUGGGGACUGAAGAAGCUGCGCCGUCUGAAUCUGCGUUCCUGCUGGCACAUCUCGGACCACGGCAUUGGGCAUCUGGCCGGGCUUAGCAAGGAAACGGCCGAUGGUACGCCGGCCCUCGAACACCUCGGCCUACAGGACUGUCAACGACUGUCUGACGAGGCCCUACGACACAUUGCCCAGGGGCUCACGUCGUUGCGGUCCAUCAAUCUGAGCUUCUGUGUAUCCGUCACUGACAGUGGUCUGAAGCACUUGGCGCGCAUGUCGCGCCUCGAGGAGCUGAAUCUGCGCGCCUGUGAUAAUAUCUCCGACAUUGGUAUGGCAUACCUGACCGAUGGCUGCAGCUCGAUCUCAACGUUGGACGUUAGCUUCUGUGAUAAGGUGGCUGACCAGGCCAUGGUGCACAUUUCCCAAGGGCUCUUUCAACUUCGAUCCCUCAGUCUGAGCGCUUGCCAGAUCACGGACGAGGGUCUCUCGCGCAUCGCUAAGUCGCUGCACGAUCUGGAAACGCUCAACAUUGGCCAGUGCAGCCGCAUCACCGACCGCGGGCUUGAGACGGUUGCCGAGGAGCUGCAGAACUUACGUGCCAUCGAUCUCUACGGCUGCACGAGGCUAACGUCGGGCGCGCUGGAAAGGAUCAACAAACUACCGAGACUGUCCAAAGUGAACCUUGGCUUGUGGCAUGUCCGGUGAUGCGCUGUAGCGCACUAAAUGCUUCAACCAGGAGCCCCAAAGGCCCGUGGCUAUCGCGAAUAGGGGAGUAGUUAGCGACCAAAGGGAGGACAACGAUAGAGCAAAUCAAAGGAUGACAUAAAUUCGCGUCAGUACCAUUCGGAGAAAUACUAGCAAUCAUAUUAGUAAAGCAUUUAAAACGCAGCCUUAGGUUAAUUAAAAUGUUACGAUCGUGCGUUCGUUUUUCGUUCCCUUUAUUCUGUAUGAUUGUUUUAUGUGACCUAAUGUUGUUUUGUUGGAGUUAUUUUUGUCAUUUUAUCAAAACAAACCAACCGUUGAAGCCAGCCGCUAGCUCUCUACUUUGUGUACAAGAAUAUGCGGUACACUUCAGAGGAGAGACAGCACGUCAUGUGUGUUGCGAUAAGGGCCAUAAGUUUGAAGGAAUAUUUGUUACGUUGAAGGCUUUAAAUGUAAAAUAAAACCCCUAGUACAGAUAAAACACACGAGCAGUACCAAAGGACUACUGUGUUCGUACAGUAGGAACAAUAGGAAGGACCGUUGGUGGUAUGCAGUCAAAUGUUCCUCCUGUCGCGGCUACCCCUUCCACCUGCCCGUAGCUUGACGCUAACUCAAAUAAUGAAAUGGUUCUGCUAUAACCAUGUAACAGCAACGCAGCCAAGAAGUAUUUACUAAACGCCAUCUUACGGUGAGGCAAUGUGGAAAAAACUCUUAUAGGCUAUUGUCGUGGGUGGCUCGGUGGUGAUGUAGAGAUGUAGUAAACUACCAAACGCCAUACGCAAAAUACGACUAACAGGUUAGUUUAACAUGUUAACCAUCGCAGCUAUGUAUGACCGGCUAAAGAAAGCUCACCUUCAAUCGGCAUCGUGAUAAGGAGCUUAAUGUAAGUCAGCUAAAGAGAUAUCGUAAAUUGCACUAAACCAGUCAACAGACGUUGCUGGUUUUAGUUUGUGUAUUAAGGAAAAAAGUUAUUAAGCAACAGUAUAGAACGGAAAGUAGUGUGUAAGAAUUGGCUAUAGCGAAAGAGAAAAAUAAACGAGAUGAAAUUGUAAAUACACACAGGUUGUAGCAACGCGGAGUUUCUAAACAGCAUAAGAAAAAUUAGGGCAAGAGCAACAGCAGUAGCAACAUACAAUGCAGUAAGACGGGAAAAUUAAUCCGACAUCCAGCGAUUUCUUCUCCAAAGCGUUAUCUCAUAGUUUGUAGAUAAAGUAUGUUUUAUGAUUACGUAAUACCGAAAAGACUCAUUUGCGAUGUGUUUUUGAUCAGAUUUGCAUCGAAAAGACAAGGAAAUACUGGAAUUAUUAAAACCAAAUACUGAAAUCAAACAGA